CACCCGCAGACAAUUCAGACAAGAUGAACAACUUCGGCGUAAUAGAAGUAGCCAGUACGCGCACCACCAACGCGCCCGGCUGGGCUUACGUGCCCGACAACGGCCCGCAGCAUUCCUCCCUCCAACAACCCACGAACCGCAAGCGCGCCCGCAACCAAGCGGCCAACCCUAGCCACGUCGACGUCAACGCGCGCCAGGAGGCCCGCAUCCGCAAGGAGCUCGACGUGCUCGAUCGCGACGGGCCCCGCGACGUUCAUAUCCCCAUCCCGCCCAAGCCCAAAUCCAAGGACGGCGGCGGAAGCAGUAGAGCAGGGCAGAAUACCAGCAAGUCGACGCCCAACGUACGCAAGAUCCUCCAGAGCCAGAAGACGUUCGCGAAUCACCUUGAUGAUUACCUCGCCCUUUCGGAAACGAAUGCAGGGGCUGCUGCGGCACAAAAGAAACCGGAGACGUCAUUAAGGCCAGCGUCCAAGUCAACGGGUGCCAAGCAGGAGGACACGUCGAUGGCUGAUGUACCGGCGGAAGGAGUAGCUGCGACGGAGGACACGCUCUUACCCGUGUCCGAUAGGCCGCGGCCGGCAGCGCAUCCGCUGGACAACGAUCCGCUGUUGGUUUCCCGCGUGCCGCCGAUGCCGUCAGAUGAGGAACUACGAGCGCUCAUGUCUGCGCCACCACUCACUUAUCUUGAAGCGAGGGCAGGCUGGAAGGAGGAGGACCAGAAAUAUCCCGUGCGAGUGUUCUGCGAGGUGUGUGGGUACUGGGGACGGGUGAAGUGUAUCAAGUGUGGCACGAGGGUGUGCGCACUGGAGUGUUUGGAUACGCAUAAGGAGGAGUGCGUUACUAGGUAUGGUCUCUGAAGGAAUUUCAUUGAUGAGUUUGAGGUGCAUUUUCGGAGUUUGGCGACCAAGUCAUGUUUUCGGCGGUUACGGAUAGAAGGCAGGCAUGGAAAUGAUACCCCUUGGAAUGGCAUGGGAGCUCGGUCGAAGACAGGUAGUUCCAAACAUAUAAAAUUGAAUGUGCAAAUAAUUGUGUAAGCA